AUGUCUGAGUCCGAGAGCUUUGACGUUGUUCAGCACGAGGAAGCUGUCGCUUCUCAGUCUGAUGCUGCUGCCACUGAGCCCGAGAGCCCUCAGGCAACCGCUCCUGCGUCCCCCGAGACUCCUAAGGAGAAGACAAAGGAGAAUGGAGAGUCGAAGCCAGCUUUGAAGAAGCCUACUGCAACCUCCACGACGGCUACACGUCGACCUGGCUCUACUUCGACCACGGCCAAGCCUGCUGCGACUAGCACUCGCGCGCCAGGCGGUCUGAGCAAGCCCCCAACCCGACCUCCUGCCUCAACUGUUCGCCGUCCUGCGACAUCGACUUCUAGCGCGAGCCACCGAAGCCGACCUAGUAUGAGCGCCAGCGAAGAUGACAAGAAGUCGACCACCUCCACCGCUUCUUCUGCCCGUAGGACAAGCUCUAUUGUGUCUAGCCCAGGCAAGACUGCUGAGAGGAGGACUGUCGGUACUACAAGUUCGACAACUGCUACUCGACGACCUACAUCAACAUCCACCACGGCCCCACGAACUUCUACUACCCGAACGGCAGCUACCCCUAGCACUACCGCGACACGAACGGCUGCAACACCCACCGCCAGCAAGCGUCUCUCUACUUCGGGCUCCUUGACUGCUGCUUCCCGAACUGCAACUCGACCUGCUGCUUCUGCGGAAUCUGCUAAGGAGAUCGAGGCCCUCAAGGCCAAGCUGGCGGAGGGUGAGAGCGAGAUCGAAGCUCUUAAGGCUGAGGUGAAGAGCUCAGAGGAGAAGAUCGCUGAGCUCACUGAGAAGAUUGGCAACGAGGCGACCCCUGUCGAGACCGACGCGAAGCCCAGUGGAGACAACGACGAAGCAAUUGCCACUCUCAAGUCUGAGCACGAGUCCGCAAUUGCUUCUCUCGAGACUCAGGUUUCUGAGGCGAAUGAGAAGCUGCAUGCUGCAGAGAGCGAUCUUGAGAAGCUUCGAGCUGACCUCGAUGCUGCUGUUAGCGCCAAGGAAGCAAGUGAGACCGAGCUCGACUCAUUGAAGAAGCAGCUCGAGACUACUCAGGCUGAGAAUGAGGAGAAGCUCAACUCUAGUCAGGAAGCACUCCAGAAGGCCAUUGAGGAGAACGCAUCCAAGAUCGAGGAGUUGAAGGCUGCUCUUGAGGCUGAGAAGGCGUCCGCCAUCGAGGCUCUAGAAGCAAAGCACAAGGAGGAUCUUGAGAAGGGCCAGACUGACGCUUCCUCCCAUGAGACUGCUUUGGCCGAGCUCAAGGCUUCUCAUGAGGCUGUGACUGCUGAGUUGCAAAAGAAGAUCGACGAAUUAACCUCUUCGCAGUCUGCUCUCGAAUCCGCCAACGACGACAAGCUGAAGUCUGAGCAAGAGGCGCACAGCUCUAAGAUUUCUGCUCUUGAGGCUGAUGCCGCGGACGCGAAGGCGAAGCUGGAGGCUGCUGAGAAGGAUGCCGAGGCAGCCAAGUCUGAGAUCGAGUCUCUCAAUGGCGAGAUCGCCAAGCUUCAGUCCAGCUUGUCCGAGAAGGAAACUGAGCUCGAGGCUGCUAAGCAAGAUCUUGCUAAGGCUCAAGAGGAGGCUGCAUCCCUGAAGGCUGCCGCCGAAGAGGCUCAAAAGUCUCUUGCUGAGAAGGAAGACGAAAUUGCUAAGGUCAAGGAGAUGCACGAGGAGCGCAUGAAAAACAUUUCUCAGGAUUACGAGACCGAAAUCGAGUCUCUUCGAGGAGACGCCUUCUUCAAGCGCAAGUACGAGGAGCUUGAAACCCAGCACAACGAGCUCCAGACCUCCUCUUCGGAGGCCGCUGAAGGCCACACCAAGGCUCUCGAAGCUGCCAAGGCCGAAUAUGCUGCUGCCGUUGCUGCUUUGGAAGAGAAGGAGGCCGAGCACCAGAAGAAUCUCGAUGCUCUCCGUGCCAGUCACGCCGAGGAGCUCGAGUCUGCAAAGAACUCUGCCUCAGGUGACCACGAUGCUCACAUUGCCGAGCUCGAUUCUCUGAAAGAGAACCAUGCUAAGCAGUUGGAAGUGAUCAAGAACGAAGGUGCCUCUACACAUGCUGAGGAGCUUGAGUCGAUCAAGGCUGCUCAUGCUAGUGUUCUAGAGGCUCUGAAGAAAGAGCACGACGAGGAGAAAGAGAAACUUGUUGCCGGUCACAAGAGCGAAUUGGCCUCUGUCAAGGAUGCAAGUGAAACUACUCAUGCUACUGAGAUCGCUAGGCUCAUGACGGAGCUUGACAGUGCUAGAGAGUCUGGCGAGACUGCUCAUGCUACUGAACUUGAGUCUCUGAAGGCCAAGCUUGAGGCUGAGAAGGAUGCUAGCGACAAGGAGCAUGCUGAGGCUUUGGCCAAGGCUCAAGAAGGCAUCGAGGCUGCCAAGAAUGCUGGCAAUGAAGCCCAUGCUGCUGAAAUCGCCAAACUCAAGGCUGACCUUGAGGCUGCCAGAGAUGCCGCCAAGAAGUCGUUGGAGGCUGAGUUGGAGGCCUUGAGGGUAGAACUUGAGGAAGCCAAGAAGGCUGGUGAAAACAAGCACGCUGAAGAACUGGCUAGUCUAAAGGCUGAGCUUGAGACCGCCAAGGAGGAGGUCGAGAAAGCACGCGAGUCCAACUCACAAGCUAUUGAGAUGGCUCGAUACGAGCUUCAGCAGAAACAUGCCGAUGAGGUUGAGAAGCUUCUCGAAUUCAACGGCGAGGUCGUUGAGCGCAUGAAGCGGGAAGGUGGCGAUGUCAAGAAGGAACUGGAGGAGAUGACUCUGGCGCACACCAAGGCUAUCGAGGAUAUGAUGGCUGAGCACAGGAGCAACAACAGUCACCUGGAGGACAAGCUCGCCCAUCAGGCUGCUUCCAACGCCGAACUUGAGGCUUCUCUGGAGGCUGCUCAAGAAUCCCUUGCCAAGGCUCAACAGGAAGUUGAGGACCUUUCUCAGCGGCUCGCUCAGGAGAAGACCGAGCGAUUCACUGCUCUUGCUGAGCUUGAGGAGGCCAAAAACACCAAGCCUGACACUUCCGAGGCUGAUGCCCUCAAGCGGGAGCUUGCUACAACCAAGAAGUUCCACGAGGAUGUCAUGCAUAGCCUUGAUCUCGAACUCAAGGGGACACAAAACAUGCUUGAGGAGCGAAGAAGCGAGCUCAUAGCCAGCCAGAAGCAGGUUGAAUCUCUGACCGAGGACCUUGCCCUGGUUAAGAAGGAACUAGAGGCGUUCAAGGCCGAGGCCGAUGCGAGCAAGAAGACUGCCAGCGCUGAUUACCAAGACCUGAACGAUAGCAUGACUGCUCUUGUUGAGGAGGCCACAACCAAGUCCAAGGACCUCCAAGCCAAGUUGGAUGAAAGUGUGGCCAAGGUCGAGGAUAGUGAGAAGAAGAUUGAGGUAUUGGAAGCCCAGCUUAAGGUCAAGGAUGCCGAGAUUGCCGAGGCAAAGGCCAAUGCUGCCGUUGCCAAGCCCAAGGGUCUCUCGGCCAGCAGAUUUGCCAACGCAGAUGACGGCGACAACGCUGCUGCGAACGAAGAUGCAGCGGAAGGUGAGGAGAUUGACGACCAUUCCUCAGCAGCACUUGCUUCGAUAAGUAAGGCGAGGCUCACAGCCAAGCAAAUGGAUACCCUCGAUAGGGAAAUGAGGGAUCGCAACUUGCUGAUAUUGAAGUCUAUCACGGAUGUCAAGUCGCCAAAGCUGGGUAGUGAACAUCACUACGAGCAACAGCAAUUCGAGCAGUCGCAGUUCAGUUAA